AAUUGCUGCUUAGGAUUUAAGUUUAGAAAACAUUUUCUGCAAUAAAUAGGUGUAAAAAGAAGGUGAUAAAUAAUUGGACGAGGUCAUGAGAGUGGAUUAUCUGUUUAAAUUCGAAGUGUGAUAAAUAAUUGUCACAGUAAUACCAAAGAUGAUGCUACUCAUAAUUCUUUUCAUUUUUCUUCUUCUAUUUCUUCUUCAAAAGUACGAAAACAAGAGAAGCCCAGAAAAGGAAAGCUCCCAUGGUGCAUCUCUUUUGCCUCAAUCAGACAAUCCAUACUCUUUGACUUCUUAUUCUUCUUCUUCUUGUCAAGUGAAACAUCAAGUUUUCUUGAGCUUCAGAGGUGAAGACACACGCCUUAACUUCACCAGUCAUCUACUCAAAGCUUUGAAGGACACGGGACUGAAUGUCUUCUUCGAUGAAGAAAAACUAGAGAAAGGGGAGCAGCUUUCACCAGCACUUUCUCAAGGAAUUGCAGCCUCAAAUCUCUCAAUCCUCGUUUUAUCUAAAGAUUAUGCUUCUUCAAAAUCGUGCCUAGCUGAACUCUCUGCCAUCAUGGACCGCAAGCACACACAAGGACAUAUUGUUCUUCCCAUCUUUUACCAUGUUGAUCCUUCCCAUGUGAGAAAUAUUGGUGGGAGUUUUACAACAUCCUUUGAAGAGCAUGAAUUGAAGAGGCUAGUUGAUGAAGUGAAGGGAUGGAAAGCAGUCUUUGCUGAAGUUGGUAAAUUAAAAGGGUGGCAUAUAGGAGGAGGCAAAUUUGACAGACCUGAAACCGAGUACAUUGAGGAUAUUGUUAAAUAUGUUAUAAAAAAGUUGAUGAGUAGCAAAUCUGGACAUGUUUAUGAAGAACUGGUUGGAAUAGAUUAUCAGAAAGAUGCAAUUUUGAGGCUGAUUGAGCAAGAACGCUAUCGUGUAAUAGGACUCUGGGGAAUGGGUGGUAUAGGCAAAACAACCCUUGCUGAUGCUGUAUAUAAGGAAAUGUCUCCAAAGUUUAAAAGUUGUUGGUUUCUUCAAAAUGUUAGUGAGAAAAUAAAAAAACAAGGAAAGGAAUCUUUACGAAAUGAUCUUCUUUCCAAACUGUUAAAUGAAAAAGAUAUUCAUAUAGACACUCCUUUGAUAGGAUACCCUUACCGAGAGAGGUUGAACAAUAAAAAAGUACUUCUUGUGCUUGAUGAUGUUAGUCACCAAGACCAAAUAACUAUUAUGGGUGUUAGACAUUUUGGUGAUGGAAGUAAAAUCAUUGUAACAUCUAGAGAUAGAAAAGUACUUGAGAAUGGAGAAGCUGACCAAAUUUAUGAGGUAAAGAAUUUAAAUGAGAUUGACUCUCUUCAACUAUUUUCUACUUGUGCGUUUAAGCAGUUGAAUCCUAAUGCUGAUUUUCGAGACCUAUCGAUAAAGUUUGUGGAGUACACCCAAUACAAUCCACUUGCUCUAAAAGUUUUAGGUUCCCAACUAUAUAAAAGGUCUAGAGAAUAUUGGGAAAGCGAGAUGGUUAAGUUGAAGGAAUAUAGCCAACCAGAGAUUUCAAAUAUUUUGAAGAGAAGCUUUGAUGGGCUUGAUGAACAAGAAAAGAAUAUAUUCCUUGAUAUUGCAAUCUUCUUCAAAGGGGAACUUAAGGAAAAUGUAGAAAAUAUUCUUAGUAGUUGUUAUAAUGGCGCAAAGUCUAGCAUCAGAAACUUGGUCGACAAGUGCCUCCUAGAUAUCACAUCUCUUCCUAUUUCUUUGCGUGAUAUGCUUGAAAUUCGCAGUAGGUUUCUCAUGAAAAAAGCAGAAGAGAUUGCAAGUUUCCCUUACAGGGGUGCACUAGAUGAUCGAAGAAGUAGCUUCUUGGAUAAGAAUCCGCAGUGUAUUUCUAUGCAUGAUAUGCUUGAACAGGUGGGUAAAGACAUUGUUCGCCAAGAAUCUAGAUUUCCUGGAAUGCGCAGUAGGUUAUGGAAUUGUAAUGAAGUAAAGCAAGUGCUCAGAUAUAAGAAAGUAAGUAUUAAUUGUACUUAUGUUUCUUUUUAUAUUUUUCUAUAUAUUUGUGUGAUUUUUUUCUAGGCUUAUAAAAUUUUAUUAAUAAUAAAGAUCGGAAAACGGGAUUUGAAAAAAAAA